GAUAGCCCAGCAGGACUGAAUUGGUCAUUUCACAAGUCCCCCAUAAACAACCAUUUUUAUCUUCUCCACUCUCCAAAACCCUACUGUGAGGUCGCAGUUACUCAGGUCCGUCGAUUUUAGAUCAUUAAGCUUCGGUUUGUUCCUCAAUCCAUUUAUUGGGAGCUACUCUCUAUGUUAUCACAGUAAUUGUGCUUCCACGAAGAGUUUCAGUGACACAAAAGGUUGGUGUUUUGCAUGAUGAGGCGUGAAUCCCAGAAUUGUAUCUACAGGUGCCUGUUAUUUAACCAUUAUGGAAGGUUUGAUUAUGAUGGCCAAAGCUGGUGAGGAGUCAUUUGUUAUGGAAGGUUCAGUUGUAGAGACUAAAGCUGUUGAGGAGUCUUCAACUGUGGAAGGUUUAACUGCAGAGACCAAAGCUGUUGAAGAGUCUUCAACUGUUAUUGAAGGUUCAAUUGUAGAGACCAAAGCUGUUGAUGAGUCUUCAUCUGUUAUGGAAGUUUCAGUUGCAGAGAAAAAAGCUAUUGAGGAGUCCUCAAUUAUGGAAGGUUCAACUGCAGAGACCAAAGCUGUUGAAGAGUCUUCAACUGUUAUGGAAGGUUCAAUUGUAGAGACCAAAGCUGUUGGUGAAGAAGAUGCUAUGAUGGCGAAUGAUGAGAAUUUAAAUCCCAAAGUUGAAGUAGAUUUGGAGGGGACACGUGGUGAUGAUGCUGUGGAGGGUGUUAUAUCCAGUUCUGAAAAAGGUUCAGUUUCGACGGCAAAAGAUCUCACUACUACUGCAAUCUUGAAACCUUUGGAUGAACAAACUCGAGUUGCUGUUGAUGGCAAAGUUGCAUCAGGGAACCACAAAGAGAUUGAACAUCCUAACAUGGAAGGUAAGGCUGUUGAGGAGUCUUUAGCUGUUAUGGAAGAUUCAAUUGUGGAGGCCAAAGUUAUUGAUGAGGAAGCAGCUGUGACAGUGAAUGAUGAAAAUUUGAAUCCGAAAGUUGAAGCAGCUUUGGAGGAGACUUGUGGUGCUGAUGCUGUGGAAGGUGUUAUAUUCAGUUCUGAAAAUGAUUCAGUUUCAACAGCAAAAGAUCCCAUUACGACUGCAACCUCUAAAUCUUUGGAUGAACAAACUCAAGUUGCAGUUGAUGGGAAAGUUGUAUCAAUGCACAACAAAGAGGUUAAAUGUCCUAACAUUGAAGUUAAAUCUGUUGAGGAGUCUUCAACAAUUAUGGAAGGUUCAAUUGUGGAGGACGAACUUGUUGGUGAGGAAGCAGCUGCGAUGGUGAAUGAUGAAAUUUUAAAUCCCAAAGUUGAAGCAGCUUUGGAGGGUCCAUGUGGUGCUGAUGCUGUGGAGGGUGUUACAUCCAGUUCUGAAAAUGAUUUAGUUUCAGCAGCAAAAGAUCCCAUUGCUAUUGCAACCUCCAAAUCUUUGGAUGAACAAACUCGGGUUGUUGUUGAUGAGAAACUUAUAUCAUUGGAGAACAUAGAGAUUACACAUCCUCACAGGGAAGGUAAAGCUGUUGACGGGUAUUCAAUUGUUAUGGAAGAUUCUAAUAUGGAGGCCAAAGAUGUUGGUGAGGAAGCAGCUGCAAUUGUGGAGGAUGAAAGUUAUCCCAAAAUUGAAGCAGCUUUGGAGGGGACACAUGGUGUUGAUGCUGUGGAGGGCGUUAUAUCUAGUUCUGAAAAUGAUUCAGUUUCAACAGCAAAAGAUCCCAUUACCACUGCAAGCUCCAAAUCUUUGGAUGAACAGAAUCAAGUUGCAGUUGAUGGGAAAGUUGUAUCAAUCGACAAAAAAGAGGUUACAUGUCCUAAUGUUGAAGCUAAAGCUGUCAAUGAGUCUUCAACUGUUAUGGAAGGUUCAAUUUUAGAGACUAAAGCCGUUGAGGAGUCUUCAACUGUUAGGGAAGAUUCAAUAAUAGCUAACAAAGUUGUAGGUGAGAGAACUGUCAUGAUAUUGACCGAUGAAAAUUUAAAUCCCGAAGUUGAAGCAGCUUUGGAGGGGACACAUGGUGCUGAUGCUGUGGAGGGUGUUAUAUCCAGUUCUAAAAAAGGUUCAGUUUCAACAGCAAAAGAUCCCAUUACUACUGCAACCUCCAAAUCUUUGGAUGAACAAACUCAAGUUGCUGUUGAUGGGAAAGUUGUGUCAAUGGACAACGAGGAGAUUAAAUGUCCUAACAUUGAAGGUAUGGACACUGAUGCUUUUAAUGAAAAUUUUUGUUUUUCAGUGGAAGAACUGCAGGCAACGUUUGAGACAGCCAAUGGAAGCACUGAAAAUGACUAUGAUGCAUUUGCAGAUAUGCAAUCUUUGCAACAGCCAACUCAAGUUGUUGUUGAGGGUGAAGUUGCAGCAACUGAUAACAUGGUGCUUCUGAAUUCCAAAGAAGACAGAAAAUUAUUAAUUGAAGAGUGCUCAGACCAGAGCAAUACCCAUGGUUCUGCUAAAGUGGACUCAAAUGUAGAACCAGAGAUAGGAGUUGACAAACAAGCUGGAAUACAGGAAAAGCAAGGUGAAGUUGAGACCAGUAAUGAGAGCAGUGAAAACCAUAGCGCCAUAGGUUUAAAUUCAACAACUUUAUGUCGUUCUGCUCAAGCUGAAGUUACAGAAAUGGAUGAUAAGGUCCAUACUGAUCCUAAUUCUGAGGGUCCUGUUGGCGGACGUCUGCAUGGGGUAUUAACUUCCUCGGGAAAUUAUCAGCAUAUAAAAGCUGAGGGAGAUCUUAUGGAAACAGAUACUGGAAUGACUUUGACGGACAAGGAUAAGGUUUUAGUUUCGGCUGCUGUUGUGUCAGAGCCCUCUGAAAAAGACCAAGGGUUGAAGCUGAAAGAAAGCUUAGACAAUAAUGUAAGUGAUACUGCUAAGGUUGAUUCAAACAUAGGGCAGCUGAUGGAUGCUCAAGAACAGGUUGCUCAUGUUGAUCAACUUGGAGAGGAAGAUAAAAAGGCAGGACAGAACUCUGAGGCUGAAGCUGUUUUCAUAAGAACAGAAAUAAAGUGUCCAGUAACCAAUGGAGGGCAAACUGUUAAUAGUGUUGUGACUUUGAAUCCCAAGACUGGACUAGAGGGUCCUGCUGAAGGGGACCAGUAUAUGAGGGCUGAAGAAAGCUUGGAUGAGAGUGCAAGUCGUGAUCUUUUUGAGACUGAAUCAAAUGUGGGAAAAGAAACAGCAGUGGAUGAACAUGAACAGAUUGGCUUGAAAGAAGGGCAAGAAAUGGAAGCUGAAGAACUGGAUACAGACUCUGAACAGCCAAGGUUUACUGAAAACACAGUAAAACUACACCAAGCUAGUUAUCAGCUACCACCAGAUGAUGAAGGUGAAUUCAUUGUAUCUGAUCUGGUAUGGGGUAAAGUGAGGAGUCAUCCAUGGUGGCCUGGACAAAUAUUUGACCCUUCAGAUGCUUCUGAGAAAGCAAUGAAAUACCAUAAGAAGGACUGCUUUUUAGUGGCAUAUUUUGGGGAUCGAACAUUUGCAUGGAAUGAGGCAUCUCUCCUAAAGUCUUUCAGAUCAAAUUUCUCCCAGGUUGAGAAGCAGAGUAAUUUGGAAUCAUUCCAAAAUGCUGUUAAUUGUGCCUUGGAAGAAGUUUCCAGACGUGUGGAGUUUGGACUUGCUUGCUCAUGCAUACCAAAAGACACUUAUGAUAAGAUAAAACUUCAGAUGGUAGAAAAUGCUGGAAUCCGAGAGGAAUCAAGUAAAAGAUAUGGUGUGGACAAAUCCUUUCAUGCUAAUUUAUUUGAACCUGGUAAAUUAUUGGAGUAUAUGAAAGCAUUAGCACAAUCUCCAGCUGGUGGGGCUGAUAAACUGGAGCUUGUCAUUACUAAGUCACAGUUGCUGGCCUUUUAUCGUUUAAAGGGUUAUUCCCAGCUGUCUGAAUUCCAAUUUUGUGGAGGGUUGUUGGAGAAUGCUGACAGUUUACACUUUGCAGAUGAAGUUGUACAUGCAUCUCCUGUUUGUGGGGAUGAUGGGCAAAUUUCAUCUAGUCAGGAGGUUUUACAAACUCAAAGAAGCUCAUACAACAAACGUAAACAUAAUUUGAAGGAUACUAUCCUUCCUAGGAAGAAAGAAAGAAGCAUGUCUGAAUUAAUGGAUGAAUCAUGGGAUUCUAUAGAUGAUGAACUCGGUUCCGAUGAGAAAGCUAACAAUAAAUUAGUUUCACCAUCUGGAAAGAAGCGAAAAGGUUCUGAUUCCUUUGCUGAUGACUCGGCUAUGGAAGGCAGGAAAACCAUCUCUCUUGCGAAAGUCUCAACUACUGCACCUCCUGUACCUAAGCCCUCCUUCAAGAUUGGUGAAUGCAUCCGUAGAGUUGCUAGCCAGAUGACUGGGUCUCCGUCUAUACUGAAGGCUAAUAGCCAAAAGCAGGAAGGAAGCAGCGAUGGACUUGUUGGGGAUGGAUCUGAUGUUUCUUUCCAGAAUAAUGAGGAUGCUGAGAUGAGGAGAAUGACUGUUCCGACAGAAUACUCAUCUCUUGAUGAAUUGUUAUCACAACUUACCACAGCAGCACGAGAUCCCUUGACAAGAUGUAGCUCUUCAACCAUCAUUGUCAGUUUUUUCUCUGAUUUCAGGAACUCAGUGAUCAUGGAACAGCAUGAUAAAGUAGGUGGUAAAAGGAGACAUUCAGUUGGUGCUUCUCCUGAAACAUUCGAAUUUGAGGAUAUGGGUGACACUUAUUGGACAGACCGGGUUAUUCAAAAUGGUUCUGAAGAACAACCAUCACGUAAAAGUAGAAAACGGGAUAAUCUGUUUGUGCCUGUGGAGCUGGAUAAGCCUGCUAAUAAGUCAAAUUCUAGGAAGCGGUAUUCAGAUGUCAAUUGUGGUCAAGCGGCAGAGAAACCAGCUGGUUCUGUUGAUGAGAAGGCACCAGCAGAACUUGUAAUGCAUUUUCCUGUGGUGGAUUCUGUUCCUUCAGAAAUAAGCCUCAAUAAGAUGUUCAGGCGCUUUGGGCCGCUAAAAGAAUCAGAGACAGAAGUAGAUAAGGAUACCAACCGUGCAAGAGUUGUUUUCAAGAGGUGUUCUGAUGCAGAAGCUGCUUAUGGUAGUGCUCCAAAAUUUAACAUUUUUGGUUCGAUGCUUGUAAAUUACCAGCUCAACUAUACUAUAUCUGUGCCAUUUAAAAGUGAACCAGUGGUCACACUGCAAGAGGAAGAUGCUACACUUUUCCUGCAGUAUUGAACAGGCAGAUAUAAUUUAAAAGUUAAGAUGUUUAAGAAUUGAGGCAGAUGCAGUGCAACUGAUAAUGAUGCUUUACGGGAGCUUAACUUGAUGGGCUGCUGAAGGUGAAUAGGCAUCUAAUUCUUUUGGUUACAUGCUGUAUCUUUCUUUUUAGCAUCUUUGGUUCCAGAUGCUGAGGGUUGUGGCUGUUGUAAAAUCACAAUAGGUUUGCUUAGUGCACUGUAUAGUAGUGUUAGCUGACCCCUUGUAGUUGAUAUCCUUGAUGAGUAAGAGGUUGAACCAUGGAAUUUGGUAAUCAUUAUGGUUCAUCGAUCCACAUGUGAUAUAAUGAAUUUAUGUGUAUUAAAACAGAGAUAAGAGUGCUUUUGUGCAUAUGCUGAAAGCAUCAGCAGUUUAGCCUUGGCAUUAUUGAAUUUGAAGCAUGCUCAUUCGAAAAAUACUUUUGCUUCA